CCAAUUCAGUUCUGAAGCAUAGCUUUCCCAAGCUGCAUUGCAUAUAUAUAGAACGCAGUAUUGUCGGAAUAAGAAAUCAUAAGUGAAUCGGUCUCUGAUCGUAAGGAAACUAAUGAGCCAGCCAAUACCGAUAAUGGCUUAUAGAUCGAACCGAGGCGAGCAGGAGUGGAGGGUCGGGAGUGUCGAUAAAAACCAGAUGGAUGUGUUGAUCCAUAUCCGGGGAUCUCCUUCCCAGCUUCAGGAAUUGUUUCAAGGUUCACCAGGGGGUUAUUAUGGAACAACAAGAUCAAUCGGAGGAAACAAUUGUUCGUUCUGUGAACCUGACUAUUCUAGAAGCUCGGGAGUGCAAUUGAGAGAACUAGAAAGCGAAUCAAAGGAUCCAAAGAUCAGAAAAGCACACCAAACGCAAUCUUGUGGUGGCUGUUGCAUAAUCUUCUCUCCGUUGGUAAAGCUACUGGAUUGCUUAUCCUUGGUGUUAAAUUGUUGCUUUUGACUUGAUCGUGAGAGUCAAAUAAAGAAUCUAUACAUACAUAAGAACUUUAUACUCUUCAAAAGAGUAAGGAUCGACUUUCGAGUUUGGUUGAAUUGUCUCCCUGUUUCAGCUCUCUUUGCCCUUUAUUGGGACAAGUUUAGCUUUGGUUGCCCGAAGGGCUUUUCUU